AUGUUUGGGUUCAGGGCCAACCUCUCGACGCAAGACGUUCUGCUGCAGCUCGAGAAGGAAGUCCUGACUACAAUGCCGAGAAAGGGCGAAAACGUCGUCAUGGCCCUCGACGUCAAAGGGGCCUUUGACAACGCCAGCCACGAGGCCAUCAUGGAGGGCCUCAACAAUACAAACUGCGGCAGGAAGACCCACGACUACGUCAGUAACUUCUUCUCGGGCAGAACGGCGACGGUUGGCCUGGGCGAGCUGAGUAGCGGUAUCUUUGCAACGCCUAGCAGAGGUACGCCCCAAGGCUCGGUAAUCUCGCCCGUACUGUUUAACGUGGCGAUGCUGGGCCUAGCAAAGAGACUCGAAAAGAUCCAGGGAAUCCGGCACGCGAUGUAUGCGGACGACAUCACGGUCUGGACCACCUGCGGAACCUUGGAAGAAAAGCGAGCGGCGCUGCAAGAUGCGGCCAAGUGCGUCGAAGACUACGUGAAGGAGAGGGACCUCAGGUGCUCCACCGAAAAGUCCGAACUGCUAAGAGUCGGCAGACAUCCCACCAAGGCGAAACUGGAGGUCAGCCUCGAAGGACAACUCAUACCCGAACGCAACAUGAUACGCGUCCUCGGCAUGUGGCUGCAAGGCAGCAGAAAGUGCAACCACACCAUCAGCCUCCUCAAGAAGUCGACCGAGAACGUGAGUAGAAUGAUAAACAGGGUCUCCCAGAAGAGGCACGGCAUGAGAGAAGACGACACUCUCAAGCUCGUCAACAGCCUGAUCGUCAGCAGAGUCAUGUACUCGCUACCCUACCAAGUGAGGACUAAAACGACCAACGAAGAGAUUGAAGUCGUCCUGAGGAAAGCCUACAAGACGGCGCUGCACCUGCCGAGAAACACCUCCAACGAAAAGCUGAUGCAACUAGGGGUGAGCAACACCUUCGUCGAAAUGGCGGAAGCACAGCGGAAGGCGCAAAUGAAAAGGCUAACGGGGACAUACACGGGGCGAAACCUGAUCGGUAGGCUGGGCUUCGAAAUAGGAGACGUCGACCGGUACGAGGACGUACCGGCGGGAAUUAGGAAAACUUUUAACGUAAAUCCUAUACCGAAGAACAUGGAUCCCAGGCUCCACGAAAGCAGAAGGAAAGCUAGGGCCGAAUACAUAGAAAAGACAGUGGCUAGAGAAGAGAACACUCUCUUCACGGACGCGAGCAUAAGUCUAAUAGGAAGCGAGGCAAAGGCGAUCGCGGUAAUAAUGAACAAGGAGGAAAAGCUUGUCUCGUGCGUCUCGGCCGAGAUAUGGAGCGUAGCUGAAGCCGAGGAAAUCGCCGUGGCGCUGGCGGCGAUGCAAGGCUAUAGGGGGAAUAAAUCGCUAAAUAUUCUCACGGACUCGAAAGAGACCUGUCGCAACUACAUGAGGGGCAGAAUAUGCAAAGCUGCCCUUAGGAUCCUCAAAGGGAGUAACCCCUCGGAGGAGGCGGAAAUCAAACACAAUCUGAUCUGGAUACCUGGGCACGAGGGCAUAAGGGGUAACGAGGCGGCGGACGGUCUAGCUCGAGCUAAUAGAUUCCGAGCUGGGCAGCAGCAGGAGUACCGCGCUAGUUACGCCGGGAUCCUCAGUGACAGUUAUUCGGAAUUACUGCAACACUACAGGGGGGCUAGAUUCAAGUACCCACCGCCCCAUAAAGCGCUGACGAAGGACGAAGCAACGGGCUGGCGUAGGCUCCCGACAAACACCUUCCCCAACCUUUUCAUAUUCAACAAGACGUUCCCAACGCAGUAUAGGGACACCUGCCCCUGGCAGCCAGCUCGGGUCUCAAACACCUAG